GGUGAAGGCAGCAGCAACAUGGAUGGCUUUUAUGACCAGCAGGUCCCUUUUGUGGUGCCCGAGAGUAAUUGUCACCCAGAGGAAGAGAAGUGUCUCAARGACAGACGGAGGAAGUUUUACGACACUGAGCUGGCUCAGGACACAGAAGAGCUUUUUCAAGAUCUGAGUCAGCUCCAAGAAAUAUGGAUCGCAGAAGCUCAGGUUCCUGAUGACGAACAGUUUGUCCCUGAUUUCCAGUCCACUAACUUGAUGUUUCAUGGACCACCUGUCAGCAAAGUGAAGCGGGAGCCCGGUUCAUCCAAAGACUUGUCCCCAUGUGGGACGCCCCAGUCUGACACGUGCCUUUACAGCUACAGUGCCUGUGAAAACAAGCCAGGUCUAGCUCCAUCCUCCACCCCUGGAACACAGUGUCGCUCCAUCCACCCCUCCGGACCCCCACCCUUACAGAGGCAGCUACAGCCACCCCCCUCUCAGCUCACCAGCUCGGCUGCAGCCGCCAGUCCCUUUCGCUGCCACAGCCUCCCACAGGAGAACCAGCAGUUCGCUCUGCCUCGCGCCCCCACCAGCUGCUCAGGUGCAUCUUACAGCACAGAGCAAAGGUUCCAGCGGCAGCUCUCUGAUCCCUGCCUGCCCUUCCUGCCUCCAGAGAAAACCACAAACACGGCGUACCACCCCUCCGCCUGCGACGGCAGACCUCUGUACCAGCGCCACCUGUCGGAGCCCCUCGUUCCCCUCGCUGCCCGCGGUUUCAAACAGGAGCUGGUGGACCCUCGCUACCAAGCCUCGGGACCUCCUGGUCCAGGUCUGCCUCGGCCACAGACCACUUUUAACCACGUCAAAAUUAAACAAGAACCAAGAGAUUUUGGCUUUGAACCAGAGGUUCAAACCUGCCAGACAUCCUUCAGCAAGUCUUCGGUUCUGUUUCAGAAGAACAGUGCUGGGUUUGGGUUUGACCGAGAGCCUCGUUUGUACUUCGAUGACACCUGUGUUGUUCCAGACAGACUUGAAGGUAAAGUUAAGCAGGAAGGUUUGCCGUACCAGCGCCGCGGCUCCCUGCAGCUCUGGCAGUUCCUGCUCACGCUGCUCGACAACCCGGCUAAUCGACACCUGAUCGUGUGGACGGGACGCAACAUGGAGUUUAAACUCAUCGAUCCUGAAGAGGUGGCUCGACUCUGGGGGAUCCAGAAAAAUCGACCGGCCAUGAACUACGACAAGCUGAGCCGCUCACUGCGGUACUACUACGAAAAAGGCAUCAUGCAGAAGGUAAAGGUGGCUGGAGAAAGGUACGUGUACAAGUUUGUGUGCAACCCCGACGCGCUGUUCUCCAUGGCGUUCCCGGAGAACCAGAGGCCGAGUCUGAAGGUGGACCUGGACGCCGUCCUGCCCCCCACCGAGGAGGACGGCUUCCCRCUGCCUGGCUACGAGGAGGAGGGUCCCUACCUGGUGGAUGGGGCGGAGCAAUGCGUCCAGGGACUGGCUUUCCCCGACAGCUACCCGUACUGAGCCACAGCUGGAGUGAAUUUAAAGAGAGGUGAAACCUGAUCUUACUGAGCAGUGUUUGAGAUAAACACGUUAUUUGUCACAAAAAAGAUUUUCAAAUURGUCUCUAUAGAAGGCUGAAAAUCAGUGAAGACUGUUAAACUCGCUCCGUUAGAAAAAAACAUUUCUUUGUCCAAAACUUUUGUUCUCAUUUCAAAUUAAUGCAUUAUGAUGGGUUUGUAUUCAGAUUUUAAACAAAAAGUCUUUAUUGUUAGUUGAAUGAUUCAGGAAAUCAUGAGAAAAAUAAUCUCUGCAARGAGGGACUUGUAGCAGUUAAUGAAAAAAAAAACAAAAGUGUACAAGAAAACUUGAUGUUCUGUGCAAAAAACUAAAACUUACAGAAGAUUCAUGACUACAAAAGAAUUUAGAUUUAAAGUUGCAAUUCUGUAUUAAAAAGGGCAAAUAAUGUAUUAAUACUACAAUACGAUGCAAUGAAUUGUUAGAGUGCAAAUCUAAUCUGGUUGCAAACAUGGUUUAUAUUUUGUGGGGAGGGGGAACAUCCCAAUGUCAGCUUUUUUCUUUGUAAAAUUACCGUUGAGCUUAAACACAAUCUAGUUUUGUUUUUGUUUUGUUUCAGUUGUGACAGUAUUUUAUUUUCUUUGUUGAUUUUCUUUGAUUUUGACAGUAAGACUUGUCGUUCCUCUGUAGUUGUAAUUUUGUAGCAUGGCCAUCGCUGUAGUCGUUGCAUUUUGUAAACUCUGGGAUCUGUUUUGCAACCAAAAAACUAUCUCAAAGCCAUGGCACUAAUAUAGUUUUAUAUUUUUCCCUUUCUUUUUCUUUUUUUUUUAGCUAAAAUUCCGACUGCUUGAAAGGGACACGUGUAUUUUUCUGACAGUUUUGACAGUAAAUCAUCUAUAUUACAAACUGUCCUUUGUGUACUGUUCCUUGGUUAUAAAGCUGAUAUUUUUGGCAUUAAAUGGACUUGUAUGUUUUGGUAUAACGGUUUAAGAUAAAAGUAUUUUUUUGAUUCUGUAAUACUGACACUCUUUAUGCUAAUAAUAACAAGCAUGGACUUUUCUUCCAGGUGGUUCACAACUUACUAGUUUUCUGCAUUUUGUAUAGUUUGUUUGCUUCAGUGUGUAGAGAAAAUGUAAAAUUAUAUAUGGAUAUAUUUUUGCUAAAGGCUGUGCUUGCUUGCUAACGUGUUGCGUCGGCGCUCUGCAGAGGAAGGAACUCUGGGAGUCCUGCAGGAAGAAGAUGGUGGUUGUGGUAUAUUUUACUAUAAGAUCACUGACACUGGUGUAACUUUUACCCUCAGAUACUGUCUGUGUGCCUUCUGUUCAUCUUUACUGAUACAAUAAACUAUUUUACGCUUUUC